AUGGCAAUGGAUAAGCGGCUGGUUGUGCGCGAUUGCCACACGAAACCGAUUACGUCGAUGACGUUUGUUCUCUGGAGACGAGAAUAUGUUACUGCAGCGGAAGAUGGCCAAUUACGAUAUUGGGAUUUUGAUUGUGGCAAACUCGUACAAACUGUGAACGAAUAUUCAGGCUGGAUAACCGACAUCGUGUGCUGGGCAGAAUACAAAGCAAUGUUCACGUCAUCGAAUGACAACACCAUCAUUCUGAACCAUCCAGUCUAUUGUCUUGCAUGGCAGCAUCGACAUUCUCAACUAAUUGCAGGAAUGAAUGGCAGCAUUCGUGCUUACAAUGUAAAAGAAGGGUUGUUGAUAGGAGCUCCUAGCUUGGUGAGGAAAGCUCAAGUUGUUAAUUCUCAUGUCGAUAUUGUGAAGUGUAUUGUAUGUAUGGAUGCCAAAGUUUACAGUGGAGGGUGCUUAUGUCGAUUGUAUGUAUGUAUGUACACAUAUUUGUGUACAAAACCUUUCAUACAAUAUCAUGUACUCAGAUAUGACCAGAGACUCGUCUCACACGAAAUACCACCAGGAGAGAAAGAAAUGAGAGCGUGUAACAUUGUAAAGACUGCACAUGAUGCUGGUAUCAACUGUAUGGCAUAUGCAAAGGAUACAGAGAACACAUGGUAUGAGGUUGCAUUUUUUGUUUUCGUUUUGUUUCAUUGUGUGAGGGGAGAUUUACCUCGAAACAAAACAGUUUGGAUAUCAACAGGCCACAAGCUCAUAACAAUUUUUGAUCCAAAGUCUGGAGAAAAUGUAUCGGAGUUUGUUAGCACAUACAGAGAACUAGCAAGGGACAAAGACAAGCGUUCACUGUUGGCACUGAGAUAUAUUCCUGAAACAAAUGAGGUUAUCGCAACAACAAGGAGGAGGCAGCUUGUCAUCUGGAAAUAUGAACAAACGGCAGCGACUAUCACUCUUCCCGGCAAAAAGACAUUUGACUGUCUUGCAUACAACUGGUUGACAAAGUUUGUUACCAGAAAUCAAAGUCUGACAAAGAUGACGACCUUGCUUCUGAUGGUGUUAUAACCGACAUGGCAUAUUGCCCAGAAAGAAAUGAGUUUGCAUACUCAUCAACUGACAAACUUGUUUACAUUCGGAAGUUUGCAGAGACAGGAAGUGAGAUGAAAAUGGCUGCUGUUCUGCAAGGCCACGAAA